GGCCCAGGCACCAUUCGAGAUGCCAAACGGCCCUGGGACAGAGAGCCCAAUACGCCGUCACAACGAGGGCAGCAGCUGAGGUCUUGAAGCCCAACCUGGCCAAAACCUUGGCCCUGUCGGUGUCGCAUUCCCAGUUGGGCAACCCAAGGCCCUCCCGAAAUUCCCAUCGGGCAUUAACGACGGGUGGAGCAGCCGAGAAAGGAUUGACAGGGUGAGUCCCGGCUCAAACAAAAUGAGAUAUCAAGGAGCCGUUGCACGACAAAACCGCAGCCGCCGCUUCCUCCUCCCAGCUCGACUGCAUCCCUCAAGCGAUUCGUUCAUUCACUCCUUUGUUUGUUUUCCCCUCUGAUCAGAGGCUUCCAGGCUGCGCAGGCGGGCAGAGACGGGAAUACACCAGCCCCAAGGAAAAGCGGCGCGGGACGCAAUGGCAAUGGUGACAUUGGCAGAGAUGGAGAAGGCGGCCUGCUGCAUGAUCCAGGUCAUCAAGGACACCCCCGACCUGAGGACCACCAAGCUGGCCAUCUCAGGAGACAUGGCCAUCCGGAAGUACCUGCCAGAGUAUGGCCACCAACACGCAGGACAAAGCAUUGAUCUCAUCGUCAACUCGUCCACCUCGGCCAGUCUGCUCAGGAAGAAGCUGCUGCAACACCCAAUGUCUCCGGUCGUUGAGUCAUCCCAGAUUCUGUACUACCAGAUCUCCUCACCGCCAUCCUCACCGCCGGCCACCUCGUCAAGGCCGCGGCCUGCCUCACCGGCAUCAGGCUUCGAGGUCCGCAUCACGCCCGAGAUGCUGUGUCCUUUCCUCCCCAGCGCGGCAAAGCCAGCCAGCGAGAUCCAGCCGACCCCCGAGCAGCUGCCCUACAUCUCGCUCGAGGACCUGAUCGUCUUCAAGAUGGAUGCCUGCGGCCUCCGCGACUCCACCCAGAGCAAGCAGACCGAGGUGCGCCACGCCGCCGCGCUCCUCGAGCUGGCCACGGAGCACAGCGCCCUGUCGCUCAACGAUGACCAGGCCCGCAUGGUCGAGGAGAGCCUGGCAGAUGUGCUCCGCCACGCCCCGUCCGACAAGCAGUCCAAGGCCUGGUGGCAGUCCCGGCUCAACGGCACCUGCGACCCAGACGCCCGCAAGCCCGUCAAGGAGGUCCUGACCGACAUGCUCGAGAACAUGAGCCUGGACGAGGCCGCCAAGAAGUCGCCCUCAGACUCCGGCUCUCGCGGCAUCCUCGGCCGGACUUCCAGCUCGAGCUCAAAGACCUCCCUCACCUCCAUGACCUCGGGGUCCUCGGCCAGCUCGCCGAUGAGCCCGACCACGCCGUCCUUCCCGCCGCCCCACUCGCGCACCGCCUCCAAGGACCUCAACGUGCAGACCACCGGCCCCAUGCGGCCGCGCAAGUUCAGCACCUCUCAGAACAGCCCCGUCAAGAUGUCUCACUCCCGCAAGAAGAGCGUCGACCAGGGGAGGCCCGCCAGACACAGCCAGAUCCUGGGCAGCCUGCCCAGCGGCAACAUCGCUCACAACGCCCUCCUCGACGACGGCCUUCACGCCUCCCCCGGGCUGGCCCUGACCGCGAGGUUCGAGUCCACCCCCGAGGACGGGAAGCUCAUGACCGGUUCCUACUUCUGAUGCCUUUUCAGGCCCUCUCUUUUAUAUUCUUCCCCCCCCCUCUUGGUUCCACGCCCACAUCCGGGCACAAGCAUAUUUCCUAGGUCUUUGUCUUUAACAGCGAGCAUCCUUUCAUCAAGCGUCUCAUGUAAAUUUCAAAAUGUUUUCUGGGUAUAGGCACGUCGGGUUCGAAAAAGUUCUUUGCAUCUUCUAUCAUGGUUUCCUGCAGCUGUUUUGUUUCAUCUUGCUAUACCACAAAUACCCAUAUAGAUUGGUCUCUUGGUUUUGGUCUGGGUUUGGAUUGGACAAAAAGCUGCAUAGCUGGACUCGAAUUUCUUUUGUGUUCACGAAACCACAAUGUAAUGUAUCAUCUUGUAUCAUCUUGUAUUAUUGUACUGCGUUAUAGAUACUGCUGGGACUUCCCCUUAAAAACAUCUCUUUUGUCUUUUUUUAUUACAAAAACAAAGCCCUUGUUGCAUUCGCCUUGCGAUAAUC